AUGGCUAUCCUACAAGGUCUUCGCGCUUGUUGGGAGGAAGGAUACCGUCAAGUCCAGGUCUUUUUUUACUCUGCACUUGCUGUUGACAUACUGCAGGGGCCUGUACCUCAGUUCCAUGUUUAUGCUACUCUCGUCUCUUCUAUUAAGACCAUGAUGCAACAGCCUUGGCUUAUUGAGUUGCGUCACAUCCUUCGGGAGGGUAACGCCUCGACGGAUUUCAUGGCAAAGCUUGGUGCUGAUCUUCCUUCAGUGCAGCUUCAACUCUUCAAUGCGCCUCCAGCGGGUCUGGCUUCCUUGCUUUUGGCGGACAACCUUGGGGUUCCUCACCUGAGGACUUAG